AACGUUAUCAGUUGCUCCAGGCUUAGCCAAAGCUACACACACAUAAUCUGAAAAUUAACCAGCUUUAAGAAGUUUGUUUUAAUUGAAAAUGGCCAAAUUCCAAUUUGCUCUUGUUUUACUUUUGGUGGUCUUGGCUGUAUUCAGCUGUGAAGCCCAAAGGCAAAGAGUUCGCUCAGGUCGUUUACAACGCAAUCGUCAAUUGGCGCGCCAAGAAGUCGAAGAACCAAUUACACCUUAUCCUUUAGCCGACGAAUUGAAACCAGAAAUUCCAUUUGAAGAAGCCGCUCCUGCUCCUGUCGAUGAAUCCGCUGUUGUGGAUGAGGAAGAAGUAUUUCCUGCUGAUGAAGCUGCCGAAGGUGCUGCCAACGAACCCAUUCCCGAUGAGGUUUAUGGACCUCCCGAAGAAUCCGUUCUCUACAACACUCCCGAUGAAGUUUAUGGCCCACCAGAAAUCGAAGCCAAUCAAUUACCUGCUGAAGUCACUUUGGCCCGUCAAAGACAACGUCAAGCUCGUUUAGUUCAAGCUCGUCGUAAGGCUGCCUACCGUCAAGCUCGUUUAGCUAAAUUGCGUGCUGCCAAACCAAAACGUUCUGCUUAAUUUGCUGGUUAAUUAGAAAAUGUCUUUACUUCACCCUCAUUUCUUCAGGGGAAGUUUAGAAGAUUUUCGAAAUUUUAAAAAAAACAAAUCCCCAAACUAAUUCGACACUACUGCUGCCUAUUACUACUACAACGCCCGCUUAUUCUAUUCACUAGAAUUUUUUUCGAUAUGAUACUAGAUAUUAAUUUAAACGAAUUUUAUUAAAAUAAAAUGAGCUUUUUAAAAAAAA